CCGCCGCUGCCCUGGGGAUGGGCGGAGCCCCGGCCGCCAGUGCUGGUGGCCGCUGCGAGCGGCCGCCUCUGAUCCCGCGCGUCGCUGCUUCCCAGGGCGGCGGUAUGCUGGGGAAAGGUGUAGUCGGCGGUGGCGGCGGCACCAAGGCGCCCAAGCCCUCCUUCGUGUCGUAUGUACGCCCCGAGGAAAUUCACACAAAUGAAAAGGAAGUAACAGAGAAGGAAGUAACUCUUCACUUGUUGCCAGGUGAACAGCUGCUCUGUGAAGCCAGCACAGUACUGAAGUGUGUCCAGGAAGACUCCUGUCAGCGUGGAAUCUAUGGGAGGCUUGUCUGCACAGACUUCAAGAUUGCUUUCUUGGGCGAUGACGAAUCUGCAUUGGAUAAUGAUGAAACGCAGUUUAAGAAUAAGGUUAUAGGAGAAAAUGACAUUACCCUCCACUGUGUUGAUCAGAUUUAUGGAGUGUUUGAUGAGAAAAAAAAGACUCUCUUUGGACAGCUGAAGAAAUACCCUGAGAAACUCAUCAUCCACUGCAAAGACCUCCGGGUAUUCCACUUUUGUCUGAGGUACACAAAAGAAGAGGAAGUCAAAAGGAUUGUCAGUGGCAUAAUCCAUCAUACCCAGGCCCCUAAACUGCUGAAACGAUUGUUUCUGUUUUCCUACGCGACUGCAGCACAAAACCACACAGCUACUGACGCCAAGAACCAUGCCGUAAUGUUUGACACACUUCAGGACUGGUGUUGGGAGCUGGAGCGGACCAAAGGCAACAUGAAGUACAAAGCAGUGAGUGUCAAUGAAGGCUAUAAAGUCUGUGAAAGGUUGCCAGCAUACUUUGUUGUCCCCACCCCUCUUCCUGAGGAGGACGUGCCACGCUUCCAUGGUCAUGGCAUACCAAUAUGGUGUUGGUCCUGCCACAGCGGAUGUGCCCUUUUGAAAAUGUCAGCACUGCCCAAAGAACAGGAUGAUGGCAUUUUACAAAUCCAAAAGAACUUCUUGGAUGGAAUUUAUAAGACCAUCCACAGGCCACCCUAUGAAAUUGUUAAAACUGAAGACCUGUCAAGCAACUUCCUAUCCCUGCAGGAAAUCCAGACGGCCUACUCUAAAUUUAAACAGCUGUUUCUGAUAGAUAAUAGUACCGAAUUUUGGGACACAGAUAUAAAAUGGUUUUCCCUGCUGGAAAGUAGCAGCUGGCUUGACAUAAUCAGACGCUGCCUGAAAAAAGCAAUAGAGAUUAUAGAAUGUCUAGAAGCGCAAAACAUGAACGUUCUUCUUUUAGAGGAGAACGCUUCCGACCUCUGCUGCCUCAUUUCCUCUCUGGUGCAAGUGAUGAUGGACCCCCACUGUCGAACCAGGUUCGGUUUCCAGAGCCUUGUCCAGAAGGAGUGGAUCGUGGGCGGACACUGCUUCCUGGACCGCUGCAACCAUCUACGUCAGAGUGACAAGGAGGAGGUUCCCGUGUUCCUGCUCUUCUUAGACUGUGUCUGGCAGCUGGUGCACCAGCAUCCCCCAGCGUUUGAGUUCACGGAGACGUACCUGACCGUUUUGUCGGAUAGCCUGUACAUACCUAUCUUUAGCACCUUCUUCUUCAAUUCGCCUCAUCAGAAAGAUACAAACAUGCCCCGCUGGAAGCGCCGUGACCUGUGCUUGUUUUGGCAGGGCCGGGAAGGCCAGGGCGCACAAAGCAGGCCUUUGAAUCUCCUCACCGUGUGGGACUGGUCUGUGCAGUUCGAACCCAAAGCCCAGACGUUGCUCAAAAACCCUCUUUACGUGGAAAAGCCGAAACUGGACAAAGGCCAGCGGAAAGGAACGCAUUUCAAACAUCAACGACAACUUUCUUUGCCACUCACCCAAUCUAAAUCAUCUCCCAAAAGAGGAUUUUUCAGGGAAGAAACAGAUCAUUUAAUUAAAAACCUUCUGGGCAAGAGAAUUAGCAAACUGAUUAAUUCCUCUGAGGAGCUGCAGGACAACUUCCGAGAGUUCUACGACAGCUGGCGCAGCAAGCCCCCCAACUACCACGGGCUACUGCUGCCUCACAUCGAGGGGCCAGAGAUCAAAGUGUGGGCCCAGCGCUACUUGCGGUGGAUUCCAGAGGCCCAAAUCCUGGGUGGUGGCAGAGUGGCCACCCUGAGCAAACUCUUGGAGACGAUGGAGGAAGUCCAGCGCCUACAGGAGAAAAUCGAGGAGAGACACCACAGCCAGGAGGCCCUCCAGGCAGAGGCCGCCUCGGUGCUGAGGACCUCGGCCCGCCUGUCCUCCUUGUUCCCUUUUGCGCUGCUGCAGCGCCAUUCCUCCAAGCCAGUCCUGCCCACCAGCGGGUGGAAAGCUCUGGGAGAUGAAGAAGACUUGGCCAAGCGAGAAGAUGAGUUUGUGGAUCUAGGGGAUGUGUGACUGGUCUGCUCAGUGGAGGUAAGAGAGGCGUGUCACAGGCUGAGGCAGGAGCCAGACACGUCUGCUGUCUGCAUCGGGCUGUCACGCUGAAGCUGACUGCUGGGAGGAAGCCUGGGCCUUCAGGAAAAGAGCUGGUCCUCAUUUCCCUCUCCAACCCCCAUGAUUCUGAAAGACUAUGCAAUUAAAACCAUAGCUCUAGUAUUAUUAGUGGAAAGGAGUUACUGCUUGACCCAUAAUACAACUGUGGCCAGUGUCUUCUGCAUUAGUAUCAUACGGACCCUGCGGUAGCUGGUUUACUACUUAGAAAGGGCCUUGGUAAGAUGUGCCUGGACUCCAUACUGUCUUCAGAUCUUUGCUGUGCCAGCGUGAUUUAUCCAGUCGUCGGGAGUAGUAAGUGUCUCUCUAGCCCAUCUCGGCUUGGAACAAGUCCAACUUUACCUGAUGUGUGUGUGGCGAGUUGAGAGAUUCAAACAGAGGCGUUUAGAUGUAUGGCCUUCACUUCCAAACCUUAGCGUCUUUCCUUUCUGCGUCCUCUUGCCACGCGUGUCACCAUCCUGACGUUUCCGAGCAUCCUCAGGCUGUGUCACUUUAUGUGGGACGGGGGACUGGCUCGGGGGCCGGCAGCCCCGGGUCCCCCGCCUGCUCUGUACCACUCGCCACUGCCCCUGCACGCUGCCCACCUUGGUGCACGUGGUCCCGGGAUCUUGCUGCUAAACCUUUUGGGCAAACUGGGGGACUCCCUUUGGUUUGCCCAGAAGAGCUUCCACUUUUCUGGAGGCGUGCAGUGUUUGAAAGCAGUUGCUUUGCCUUUUCCUAAUAGCACGCCGGGGCGUCAAGCGUCUGUGCCCGCCGUCCUCAGGACGGUUUCCCCAGAUUCUGUUACCUUAUAGACUGAUGAGUAGGAUCGCUGUUGAGCGUAGCUUUCAUAGGGAAGCGGUCAAGCAGAAAUAUCAGAAGUGAUGGUGAUCACAUAGUACCUCAGCGAUUUAAAAAGCCAUAGAAGAAACUUGACUAUGCCUGGUAACCUUCCUGGAUCUGCUGUCUAAAUGAUAUAUAUUUUUUAAAUGCAGGAAAGUACACUUUGUAAGGACCAGUUUUUUCAUUCUCCAUGGAACCCUGUUCAAUUCCACAAAAGGAAGGGGAAAGAAAUUAUCUCGCAUUAGAAUGUUUCCUAUCGAAAGUUUGCCUUUUAUAUCCAUUCGUUCUCCAGUGUAGAUCCCAAUUUGAAUAUUGCCUGUUUAGAAAAACUUUCAGUUGCUUAAGGGCAAUAAGAAAUUUUGAAACUAUUGACAAAGAGGAGUUUCUCGGUUUGCACUGAAUCGUCUUUUGUACACACAAGAAAUUGCUUUGCAGUCCUCCCCACGCCAUGGCAGUGGAGAUUGAGGGGAGGGUAGGAUUCAUGCAUCUGGGGCCAAACACAUGCCCAGUCUUGGUUGCCUUAAGAGUCUCACUAGUAAGGUCAGUGUUGGGCUUGCAGUGGGGAUUUUAAAAUGACCCUAGUUCGUUGGCUACCUUCUUGUACGUUCUGUGGGCCUUCUUAAACUAGCGCUAACCUCCCUUCCCUGCCCCACUGCCUCCCAGGUACACUAUGGAGCUAACUAGUUUUGUUACCAUAUUAUAAUGGGAAUAUUUAUACAGUAGCCUCUUCAGUCUUAAGAUCUUAGUAAUUUUCAUUCCAAAAAUGCCUGGUGUGAUGCUUUACACUCCAUAAGGUGUGGUUUAAAGGCACAAGGUCACGGCCCCUGUCAUAGUGGUUGAAUGUGCAUUGAAAUAUUUUUCUAUGAUUUUUUUUUUAUAAAAUUACGAUAGAAAAAUAAGCUGUUGUAACACGUAAGGUCAUGACAGUUUAUGUAUUUAUAUUUGAAAUCAGAUUUCUAUAAAGCCGUAUUUGUGUACAGGAUUCUCAGUGGGUUUAUAUAUUGUGACGUUUUUAUUCAAGAUUGAGAUGUGGAUUAUGCUUACCAGUAAAAGCUGAAAUGAGACCAUUUACUUUGUCUGAAAUGCUGCACUGUGCACGUUUGGAAAUGUACAUUAACUGCCUGUAUGUAAUAUCUUGAGUUUGUUUAUACCUCCAAGUUUUUACACUGAAGAUAAAUUAGCUUUAAUUACAUUCAAAACGUUUUUUAAAAAAGGGAAUAAGCUGUUGGGCUAAAUCUGUAUAAAUGUGCUUUUUAUUUUCUGGAUGUACAAUGAGAGUUUAUACUCGUAUUUCACUGCAUCAUAUCCGAUUGCAGAAAUUAAAGCACAAUUUACAAUACUGUA